AUGUUUCCUGUUGGAGUGCAAAGCAGUACUUCUGUGCCGAAUUUCUAUAAAUUACAUCGGCGACCGAUAGCCGAUUUACGGCCAGGGUCAUAUUCUCCAGAGGAAGCCCGUCUGAGGUGUCAGCUUGCGUCUCUUUAUCGCCUCGUUGAUCUAUUCCAAUGGAGCCAAGGAAUCUUCAAUCAUAUGACGGUUCGCCUCCCAAAUCGAGACAACGAGUUUCUUAUCAAUCCCUUUGGUCUACUUUAUCACGAACAAAGUGCCAGUACUUUAGUGAAAGUGGAUCUCGAUGGAAAAGUGCUGGAUCCUGGAAGCACGGGUUUAGGUAUUAAUCAGGCAGGUUACACUCUGCAUUCUGCUAUCCAUGGAGGUCGUAAAGAUUUACUAUGCGUAAUUCACUUACACGUACCAUCAGUUGCGGCGGUCUCAGCCAUGAAAUGCGGUCUAUUGCCUCUUUGCCAAGAAUCGAUGAUUGUCGGAGAAGUUGCCUACCAUGAUUACCAGGGCAUUCUAGUCGACCUGAAAGAACGAGAGUCAUUAGUGAAGGAUAUGGGCUCACACGAUGUUAUGAUUCUACGAAAUCAUGGAUUUGUCGCCGCUGGAAGAACCAUCGAAGAGGCAUUUCACUACGCUUAUCACCUCAUUCUUGCCUGCGAAACUCAGGUUG